AUGGGAACUAAACAAAGUAUGCCAAUGCCUUUUCCAAGGCAAAUAAUCAAACCUCUACCUGGGACUUAUGGGGCUCCUGUACGUAAAAAAGAACACAUAACUAUUUAUACGGAAAAAGAUGUUUUUUACAUAAGAAUUCAUCCACAGAUGAAAAUUCAAGAAAUUAUUUUUCAAUUAGAAGAAAAAACAGGCGAAAAGCUCAAACUUUAUAUGAACUCUCUCGCCUUAGAUGAUAAUUGUACAUUGGAGUCUGUAGGAAUUGAUCAAUUUGCGCUGUUAAGGGCGGUGGGAAAAACUUCGUCUGAAACAGAUGACUCACAAUCAAAUUCGAAGCUAAACGUAACUAAUAAUUCAUCGAAGUCCAUUAGAUCCUGUCCUAUUUUAGAAAAUUCAGCAGCAAGCACUCCAGAGACAUCUCAUAGCGUUACUGUAAAUAAAGUUAUAUUGGAUAUUGAUCUUUCUGUAUAUGCAGCACCUGAGGCUGGACAAUUAACUAAUAAAAUGAAAGCUAAAAAGCAGAGAGGACAUUUGCAUACGAUACAGGAAGUAGAAGAGCAUUCAAGAGUUUUUUGUUAA